AUGUCUUACCUCAGCGAGGCCAGCAGACCCUCUGGGCUGACCUGCCCUCAGCCAAUUGCCGAGAGCUACAACGAGCCGUGUGUGCAGCAGUGCCCUGACUCCAGGGCAGUGAUCUACCCACCACCGGUUGUGGUGACAGUCCCAGGCCCCAUCCUCAGCUCUUUUCCUCAGGAGAGCUUUGUGGGAUCAUCAGGCCCAGCGUUGCUGGGGAGUCCUUUAAGUUCAGGAAGCUCCCAGGGCUAUGGGGGCUCCUUUGGCUUGGGGGGCUCUGGAGGUUAUGGGAGCUCCCUGGGCUUGGGAGGCUUCUCUGGUUAUGGGGGCUCCAGAGGCUAUGGGAGCUCCUUUGGCCUGGGGGGCUCUGGGGGCUCACUGGGGUAUGGCCGUUCCCUGGGUUAUGGGGGCUCCCUGGGCUAUGGGGGCUCCUUUGGCCUGGGGGGUUACGGGGGCUCCCUGGGCUAUGGGGGCCAAUAUGGGUCCAGUGGCUUUGGCAACUGUGGAAGGUCCUACAGCUCUGGCUUCUCCUCCUAUGGCACGGGGUCUUACCUCCCUGGCACCCAGACAUGGGGCAGGUCCCUCCGUGGGAACUGUGGGGCUUUCUGA